GCUAUAAGUGUUAUAGAUCGUUAUUCCAGAUCAGUGGUUCCCAAACUGUGAUCCGCAAAGUAGUACUGGAGGUCCGCGAAUAUGUUAAGCUGAAAGACCUUUCAAUAUCCUGGGUUCUGGAGGAAAACUCAGUGCUUUAAAAAGAUACUUAGAAGGGAGAUAACUUAUGUGAACCGUAAAAAGCCACUAUUUAAUAAUUUUAUCUUCUGUGUUUUGUUUUAAAUCUCGAAAUAAUGACUGAGAUAAUAAUAAUGAUGACGACUGGCAUUGAAAUAUAAUAAAUCAGUAAUAAUCGUUCUUACUGAGAUUUUUUAUGGCACAACCAAUUUGUAACGUCUUUAUAGAAGUGUAAUUAUUAUUUUAUUUGUAGGACAUUCCAAGCUACUAACAACUUCGUUAUUAAACUUAAAACAAACAUGUUGCUAUUAAAAAAGUUAAAUUGUUUAAUAAAUAAAAAUAUAUCAAGGGGUUAUUAAACAGAUUAUCGCGUCCUUCCCACAUCCAGAAAAAUAAAAACCAACCUUUAAAAAAAUACACUGGUAACAUUCUUAGAAAGUUUAUUUUCAAUAAUAAAUUUGAAAAGAUUUAACCGACAAGAAUAUUAAUAUAUUUCUGUUUCGAUAAUUGCCCUUUAAUACCAGCCGGUUUUCAGAUUUCUACUUCGUCAUGCAAAAUUGCUAGAUUUGCAAUAUUUUAACCCCUCCCAUUCGAAUCUUUAUUACAAAUCACAAAACAAACACUACGGCAGCCAACAACGGAACGGAGUCAUCGGAGUCUUCACCUUUGGUGAUUGCUUCUAUAUUCCUUAUGGUUGCACACUUUGUUGCCGUUCUGUUCACAGGAUUCAUCAUAUACACAGCCAGCCCGGGUUCGACGAAGGAAGUUGCUGAUGAAGAUGUCAACUCUUUAAUGACUGUACCGGGUCAUUAAUCCAAUGACCAUAUUAUACCUCUAGUGCAAUAAGUGACAACAAACACUUGUAUCCGUGCGUGAACAACUUCGUAUCCAAAGUUUUAUUCAGAUGCGUAACAAACGAAUUCAUACUGGAGAACCAUUCCUGCUCAAAGAUAGCAUACAAACUUUCUCAUAAUCAACAGGCCUUUUCUCCUGGCAUCCUACACUAAUGGCUGUGUCUUUUUGCUUUCUGAUGUUUGAAGGGAUACUCAUUUUUUCUCCACACAGUUCUUUAAUUGGUUUCAAGAACCGUUCAACCAAAGUAACAUGGCAUUGGGUCAUAUUACUGAUAGCUUUUAUUUCGGCUGUAGGUGGUAUCAUCAUAAUAUAUUACAACAAAACUUUAAACAACAAACCCCAUUUCACAUCAUGGCAUGGCCUCAUUGGUAUUAUAACAGUUGUGUACUUCAUGUUGCAGCUCUGUGCUGGUAUAAUUGUAAAAUAUCCAAAGCUUUUGCCAACCUUUAAACUUGUAGACUUGAGACUUUAUCAUGCUACAUCUGGGCUGGUUGUCUUCUUAUUGAUAUGUUUCACUUUGUUUUUGUCAUUGUACUCAAACUGGUUUUGUAAGAAUAUAACUGGCACAUCUUGGUAUGCUUGUGUUGGUUGUAUUGGACUUAUGGCAACUAUGAUUACUAACCAGGUCACUUCAGCAUAUUUGCCACGGCUACAGAAACGUAUGCAACAAAAGAUUCGUCCACCAAUUUGAUUCUGUAAAUUAAAAAAUGCUUUUCCAAAACCAUAAUUUCUAUUAGAUGCAAACAAGUUCUAUGUUUUUUUUACACAAUUUAUAAACUUAUCAAAUGGAA